UACACGAUAACUUCCCCACACAUUGCGGUCAGAGAUUAUGCUGACAGCCGUCGCCGUACUCAACGACAAACUUACGCUUUUGCAGUCGGAUAGUUUCCAUUUUUAAUGAGAGCUGUAGUGUAAAUAAACUGUAAUUAGUAUUACACCCCUCUGACGUGACAUAAGGUGUGAACUAUUUGAAAACAUUUUUACGUGUGUGUAAUAUAAACGAUAAAUUGUUGCGUGAGCUACGAAUUGAGUUGCGAGUACGAAAUGCAGCAGUGUUUUGGUGGAACUUCAUCUAUUCGGAGUUGUUAUAUACUUCGUUUUGAAAAAACUGUGCGAUUUCUUAAGAAAGUACUCUGUAUGCCAUCUAUUUGUAUGUGUUGUGCGUAGUUGUCGUGUAAAAUAUCCAUGAAGACGUACAGUCGAAGAAAACCAAUAAAAUUGAAAGACCUAAUUGGUAUUUGCCGACUUUGUUUAUCCAGCGAUGGUGACAGGCGUUGUAUUUUUAUGGACGAGGAAGAUAUUCCGCUGUCAGUGAAAAUAAUGACAUGUGCGUCAGUGCAGGUAUCUGAAGGAGAUGGAAUGCCAUCAGAAGUAUGUUACAAUUGCAUGCACCAACUGGAAAGCUCAUACAGAUUCAGACAGAAGUGUGAAGAAGCAGAUACUAAGCUUAGGAAACUACUGAGAGCUGCCAAAGAUGCGGAAACAAAUCAACGAGAAUUUCAUGAAACUGACUUCGUCAGUGUCAAGAACAACCUUUUUAACCUUCAAAUUAUGGCAACAGAAACAACAGAAAAAUCGACCACAUUAUUUGUCUGCAGCUCUCCAAAUCACAGUAAUUCUGAGUUGAUUUCUUCGGAUAUAUUUCCUGUUAAUAAAAGCCUCUGUCCAACAUUGUCAGAUCCCACAACAAUAGAUUGUAAAUCAAGUUCUAACCCAGUCUGUGAUUUGAGUGAUUUGCUUAUUCCAAAUGUACAUAAAUCAUUGUGUAAUUCAUCACAGGUAGAUACUACUACAUCAGAAUGCGAAUUAGAAGCUGGUGAAAAACAACAAUCGGAUGACAGUUUGAAGGAAAUGGAAAAUUUGUCUUGUAGCGAAGUUCAUCCUGUUGUGGCAAGCACAGGUGAUAUCCAUUCUCAGGUAAAGAGUGAAAAAAAUACUCAAAAUUCAUUACAACUACCUGAAAAUUGCCAGAAUUCAAAUCCUUCAGAUACAGGAAAUCAGCCAUUCAUAUUUUCUCCAACACUGAAAAAUGAAGAAAUUACAGCAGAAUGUUUGGACGGCAGCAAAGCACAUGUUGACAUGAAGGAGUUGGGCAAUGUGAACUGUGGUUCAUCUGGAGUGGUUCAGUGCAAGACUGUUUCUGAUUACAAACUGAUUUUCAAAUGUGAUAAAUGUCCCAAGAGGUUCAGCAAGAGACUAGACCUGAAGCGACACACUUCUGUUCACAAUCAGCAAAGAGGAUUUGUCUGUGGAAUAUGUGAAAAAUGGUGCCCUAAUCAAACAAAUUUCAAGCGACACGAGAGAACACAUACUGGUGAACGGCCAUUUUCCUGUAAAUACUGUUCAAAGAGUUUUUCACAGACUGCUAUCCUUAACCGGCAUAUGAUGAUUCAUACUGGUGAAAAACCAUUCCAGUGCAACGCAUGUGGAAAGAAAUUUACUCAAAAAGAAAGUCUUAAAGUACAUUCAAGGCAACAUUUGUCUGGUAAUGAUAUCACGACCUUUCAGUACAAAUGUCCAUUUUGUGAAAAAUCUUUCCGCCACCAGUCUGGCCUUUCAAGACAUUUGAUGUCUCACACAGGAAAAACAUUUAGUUGUAACCUUUGUCCAAAAACAUUUACAGACCAAUCAUCUUUGAAAAGACACCUUAAACGACAUUUUGAAAUAAAAUCUUGAUGAAGCUUAAA